CUAAGUCUGCGGUUUAUCAAAAUUGGCGUAUUAACAAAAAAUACCAAUGAAAACAGUAUUUUUGCCUAGAAAAAAUUGAAGUCAAUAAAAUCGGCAAAUAAUGAAUUUAGAAAGAUAUUCCUAGUAUUCUGUGUUACAAAGUAUUGACGAUGAAGAAUGACAGGGAAGAUAAACAAGAAUCUGAGAAAGUUCAGAAACCUGUAGUCGUCCGGACUACCGUGGAUUACCAGCGAAUGAAACUGGAAAAGUUAAUGAAGAAUCCUGAAAAGCCAAUAAUAAUUCCAGAAAGACCUAAGGAAAGAGGAUCACCGCAUGUUCCAGAUUUUGUUCGUAAUGUUAUGGGCUCCAGUGCAGGAGCAGGUUCAGGAGAAUUUCAUGUUUACCGUCACUUAAGGCGGAAAGAGUAUGCAAGACAAAAGUAUAUGCAGGAAAAAGCAGCAAGGGAAAAGCUGGAUGAGGAAUACAAAGAGAAACUAGAACAGAACAAAAAAUUGGCUGAACAGAGAACUGCUAAGAAGCGAGCAAAGAGGUUAAAAAAGAAACAAAAUAAGAAGAAGCAAAAAAUUAAACCAAACUUGAUGGGUAAAGGUGACAAAAGUGAAGACAGUUCUGAAAUUGACUCUGAUUCGGAAGAAGAAGACAACAAGCAUGAAGAAAAAUCUCUAGAAAAUGAAACUAUCAAUAACUGCAAGAAUCAAUUGGAACAAGAAUGUAAUAAGUCAAAUUUGGGGAGUGAAAUUACUACAGAAGAAACCAAUUUGCAAGAAAAUUUAAUUGAGACCAAUAAUAAAAUAUCUUAAAAUAGGCUAAUUCUUUUUUUGUAUAUUUAUAUUGUCCUAUUUGUAUAUAUUAAAUAAUAUAGGUGGA